CUUACAAAACAUUUACACUGUCUCGGCAAAACAGAUAUUACUCUAGUGAGAGAUUAACCAUGUUUCUGUCUAGAUUUGUAGGCAGAACAGCUCUCUUGGCUGCCGCUAAAUCAGAAAGUUCAGCUGCGACCACCGCCGCCGCCGCAUCAGCAGCUGCUCCUACUAAUCUCAACCCACUUGAGCAAUUUUUUGAGGCUGAUAGAAAUCCCGAAGAUGAAAAACCUGUCUACGGUCGAAGUUGGAAAGCUUCUGAACUGCGUGUAAAGUCCUGGGAUGAUCUCCAUAAACUAUGGUAUGUUCUGUUGAAAGAGAAGAACAUGCUGAUGACUCAACGGCAGAUGCUUCAUGCUCAGAAUCUCCGCUUUCCCAAUCCAGAACGCAUCCCAAAGGUAAGGAAGUCGAUGUGCCGAAUUAAGCAAGUACUUACAGAAAGAGCAAUUGAAGACCCUGAUCCGAGGAGAUCUGCAGAGAUGAAGAGGAUGAUAAAUGCUCUGUGAUAUUGUACUAAACUGCUUAUCCCGUUCACUGAAGGCUUUCUAUUGUUUUUGUUGGUGGAGAUUCGAUUCUGACUUGCUAUUCCAUUGUUGCAUCAGACAUCUUAGGUGUUUAGGAACAUAACUAGUGUUUGUGUUUGUUUUGGAUGGCACAUAAUCAAUAACUGCUGCUGAUCAUCUUAAAGGAACUCGGUUUAUUUCA